AUGAUCAUCUUGGUCACUGACGGAAGGCCGCCACCGGGCAAGAUGGACACACCCUCUAAGCUAGCCUCCGCGUACCUGAAGUCGGAAACAAACGUCACCCUGGUGGGUAUCCUGGUCAAGCAUGAGGCCAAGGCCAUUGAGGGAGAAAUUCUCUACGCGCUAUCUUCCUGCUGCCCAGCGGAGUCCAUGAAGGUCACUGGCACCACAGACGUCCAUGUGGCUUGCGAGCUGCCCAUGAACGAGAGCUGCCCGUACAUGGCAAGCAUGAAGGAUUAUGCGGCACUUCGGCGCAGUAUUGAUGGAAUUGUCCAAAAUCUCGGUGAUGAGCUCCAAUGUGAAGGAAGGCGAGAAUCCGUGUCUCUACUGCCGGACUCACGGAGCUUGUGGUUUCUGGUGCUGCUGUUGCCAGUGCUGCUUCAUCAGGUCUGGCAGCGUUGUUUGCUGCAUAUCGGCGACUCCUACACGUCCAAAGCGGCUAGAGACUUGCAGCCCCCAGUAGAUGUGGAGAUGACAACGGGCGUCACAUCCAGAGAGGAGGUGGAGACGCAGCCGGCUGAGAGUCAGGCGAGAUCCUCACAGGCUGCAGCAGCAGAGGCAGAUGCAGCUGCAACCACAAAGGGCAAGAAAUGGGCCCCAGUUCGCACGGCUUACAUCAUCAACGGCGCAAGGGUGGACGUGGAUUACGGUAGAUCUUCCACAACCCCGCCCCCGAUGGCACCUAAUGCGGCGCGACGUGGGAACUCCUUUGCGAGUGUCAAUGAUUUCCCAGAAACCGCGAUGCAGUCCAUUCAAAGCGACGUCGACACGAGCAGCGUUGUGGGCGUCAUGAGCGUCGUCAGCCCCGAAAGUUUGCCUCCAGAGGUGAGGCGAUUCAACUGUCACAUCUUCGUGCCUUUGCUCAUGACGUUGUUGUUGCUGCCGGUUGUGAUCAUGAAGAGUGGUAUCUUGUCUAUGCUACACCUCGAAUCUCCUCAGCUGGCCAUGGCUGCCCAGUAUGAGGAGGAGCUGCCUCACUCUGUUGACGUUGCUGGUCGGUAUGAGUACUAUGACUUCCCGUUUUGCAAGCCUAAAAUCGUGAUGCCGCACUUCAUGACCCUCGGUCAGGUCCUGCGUGGAGAUCGAUUAGUGAAUUCGCUUUACCCAAUGCACAUGAAGCGCCAAGUCCCAAGGACGGUAAUCUGCUCAAGGAGAAUGAGUGAGUCGGAUAUCCAUAUGCUCAAAGAAGCCAUAGAUCAGAACUACAUGUUCGAGCUGUUCGUUGGCGAGCUGCCAAUUGACAGACCAUUCGGCGUAGUGUCGACAAUGGGGAACGAAAAAGACGAGCAGGUCACAGACAGGUACUUCCUCGUCAACUACCUAGACUUCAUUAUAGGCUACAACGAGAAGGAGGUGGUCUCCGCCAACGUGACAAGGGAGCUGAACCUAGAGCACCUGGUGGACAUCACCGAGUGGAAAGAGGGAAUGGUGAUCCAGUUCUCCUAUUCCGUUCAGUGGACUCCGCUGCCGCACAUCCUUCCCUCCCAAGCCUUGGAGCUGCAGCUGAAGUCCACGAUGCCUCACGGGCACCAGAACAUGGACAUUCAUUGGCUCGCAAUCAUCAACUCCUUUGUGUUGAUGUUGCUCAUCUUGUCGCUCUUUCUGCUGAUCAUCAUCCGUGUGGUGCGGUCAGACUUGUCGCGAUAUCUACAGAUUCCAGACGAAGAGCUCAACGCGGUGGAGGAGGAAACAGGCUGGAAGUUGCUCCAUGCCGAUGUCUUCCGAGCACCCAAGCAUCGACUCUUCUUCUGCUCCGCGAUAGGUGCCGGGGCGCAGAUGACAAGUAUGAUGAUCAUGGUCGUGCUCGUCGGAUGCAUCGGAGCCUACUACCAGCGCGGAGCAGUGGCAUCUGCUGCCGUGAUCUCUUACAUGGUCACCGCGCUGCUAGGUGGAUUUGUGAGCGCCAACCUCUACCAGAAGCUCGGGGGCGAGAAGUGGGCCUGGAACAUCUUCAUGACGGCCCUCUGCUUCAUGGGUCCGGCCUUCUUGAUUUGGUCAUUCUUGAACACGGUUGCCAUCUUUUACGGCUCCACCGCCGCCUUCCCGUUUCCAACCAUAUUGCUGAUGUUUGCGAUGUGGGCAUGCGUGACCUUCCCGCUGACGGUGCUUGGCGGGAUUAUCGGGCGGCAUCGGUCACUCAAGCAGGCGCAGGCGGAGGGAAGUCCGUUCCCUUGCAAGACGAACAAGCUAGCACGUGAGAUUCCGUCAUGCCGAUGGUAUCAGAGUCCUGUGACCCAGUUCUUUGCAUCCGGCUUUCUGCCUUUCAGUGCCAUUUAUAUUGAGCUGCACUACAUCUUUAACUCUGUCUGGGGCCCUCGGAUAUACUUCCUCUAUGGGAUCCUGCUCCUGGCCUUUACCAUGCUGCUGCUAGUGGCGGGGACAGUGACAGUGCUGUUCACCUACUUCCACCUCAAUGCAGAGGACCACCGCUGGUGGUGGAGAUCGUUUGGUUCUGGUGUGGCAGUCUCGGUGUUCUUCUACCUGUACUGCGUGUACUUCUUCCUGCAGACAGGGAUGAAUGGCUUCCUUCAGUGUUCUUUCUUCUUUCUAUACUCGCUCCUGGCAGCCCAUGGCAUUGCACUGAUGCUUGGCUGUGUCUCCUUUUACUGUUCGUACUUCUUUGUGAUCUACAUCUACUCUAGGAUUAAGGAUUUGGAGCUCCAGAGCGAAGGGCAAGCUCUCUGUGCAUUGGAUCACGGCGGCAUCGCGGCUGCCGUAGAGAGGCUGACGCACAACGUGCUGCGGGCAGUCUUCGACGUGGUUGCGAGUGCAAACUCCGAGGAGGCCUGCCAGAAGGCAGGGCGACAUAUCGACCCCAAGGCACGGCUGCCUGCGGCAAUCCUGCUGACGGAGCCCUGCCAUUCGUUGAUCCAGGAAGAUGGCGACUUCAACGCAGCGACUGACCGCAAGCAUCGUUUGACCUUGGCGCCUCGCAACCUUCGACGCGUAGCCCGCUUGUUUGCUGCUCUGGACAAUGUGCACAGGCUGAACAAAGCUGGUCGAACAGCUACUCAGCGCGAGCUCUUCUACCGUGUUGUAGCAGAGGGCAGUGGCUUGUUCAGUUCCCAGCAAAUCAUGGACCGAGCGAUGCGCGAUGCAGUUGGGGCAUUACGAAUUGGACGACCCCAUUUAGGUAUUCUGACGACGGAAAAGGGUCUCUUGGCCGGCGAAAUUUCCUUCAGCCACGACAAUUGCAUUUCCGUGGCAGCGCAGGGAUCUACAGGAACGUCCAUCGGAGAGUCGAUGCUGGAUCACCAGACGAAUUUUCAUGUUGGCGAGCGUGCGCAGAUUGUCUUAGUUGUUGAGAAGGACACUGUUUUUCAGCACUUGCUGCAAAGCAAACUGCUUGCAGCUCUUCCGCUCGUCCUAGUGACUGGAAGGGGCUAUCCCGAUGUGCUCACGAGACGCUUCCUUCAGAAGCUCUACAGGGUGGCUCCUCAUUUGACACAGGUAUACCUCGGCGACUUUGAUCCCGAUGGUGUGGCAAUCUUCUUACUUUACCGCAGAAGCUGCAGUCAUCUGCGCUGGUUGGGGCUUCACGAGCCAGAUGUGAGCAAGCUGCCAUCAGAAGCGUGCAUUCCGCUCACAAAGCGCGACAAAGCACUGCAGCAGUCGCUGCUCAGGAAGCCAGAGGUGCAAGCCGUUGCGGGGCUUGUUGAACAAAUCGUGUCCAUGAAGUGCAAGGCAGAGAUUGAAGCCUUGCAUGCUGCCGCUGCAGGGGAUGGGAUGGCGCUGGACUACGUUGCAGUGAAGAUUCGCGAGCAAGCCUGGAUCUAG